AUGUCGACUUUAUCCAUACCGCCAUCCACCACCGCAACAGCACCUCCAAUACCAACGUCACCAUCACAACCGCCAUCCCAUCCCAACACCACCCACCAAAAGCUCGACAAAAACUCCUACUCCUACAUAUGGCGCUCCCUCCUCGCUGGGGGUAUCGCAGGCUGUGCCGCAAAAACCGCCGUCGCACCCCUCGACAGAGUCAAAAUCCUCUUUCAAACAAAUAAUCCGCAUUUCGAGAGGCAUGCCGGCAGCUUCAAGGGGAUAUUCAAUGCCGGCGCCGAGAUCAAGAGGCUUUAUGGCGUUAGAGGGCUGUUUCAGGGCCAUAGUGCGACAUUGCUGAGGAUUUUUCCGUAUGCCGCCAUCAAGUUUAUGGCUUAUGAGCAGAUUAAGCAUCGGCUCGGUGUUGGGAAAGCCGGUGUAUCGCAUACGGAACAGGCUUUCAGGAAUAUGGUUGCGGGAUCGCUGGCUGGCUGCAUAUCAGUAUUCUUCUCAUACCCUCUUGACCUUCUCCGCGUACGUCUCGCCUUUGAAGUACGCACAACAACCGCCGCCAGCCAAGUGCCCCUCCAACCCGUCAGUCUCUCCAGCGUCGUCAAGAUGAUCUACCACGAGCCGAAUCCAUUCUUUGCAGAGGAUCUUGCUGCGGAUGGGAAUGGGGUGGAGAGAAAGGGGUGGUCGAGGGUGCCGGGCGUGUUGAACUUUUAUAGAGGGUUCAUGCCGACGAUUUACGGGAUUGUGCCCUAUGCGGGAGUAUCCUUCCUUGUUUAUGAACGCCUAAAAACGUACGCCAAAACAACUCUCGGCCGAUACACCCUCGUCUCUCCCACGCCAACUUCUUCAACAACACCCGCACGCCCCCCACAACUAACAUGGUGGGCUUACCUCGCCUGCGGCGCCCUCUCAGGCGCGAUCGCUCAAACCACCGCAUACCCAUUCGAAGUCAUCCGGCGGAACAUGCAGGUCGCUGGCGUCGCUUCAAAAACUCCCAUCUCAACCACCACAUCCCAAACAUCUUCCACGACUUCGACGAAACUAGCCCAACGCAAAACGACCCUGUCGACGGCGAAGUGGAUUUAUGGCCGGAAAGGGUUCAAAGGGUUUUUUGUUGGGCUGAGUAUCGGGUAUCUGAAGGUGAUGCCGAUGAGCGCUGUGAGCUUUUUUACAUAUGAGUGGGGGAAGGGGUGGUUGGGGAUUGAGUAG